CCGUUAUCUGUCUGUUCAUAAAUAAACGUUCAACGUUCAACGAUCAAACGAUCCACGCAUCAACGAAGAACUGAACACAGGUUGCUUGGCGGCCCAACAUGAAGACCCUUCUGAUUCUGUUCUGUGUUGCUGGACUGUGUAAGACAGUGCACAGUUCCUGUAUAGCAUGCAAGGCGGGCACUCCCGAGUCUUCGUGCACCGACGAAUAUAUUCCUUCGGGACCUGAAAGUAAAGCCUGUGACUCCAUUAGCAAGGAACUGUGCACGACGUACGGCAACUACGAAAUCUACUGUUCGACAUCGACAACCAAUAUCCACUGCCAGAAAGUAGGGUACUGCAGUGGUGCCAGGUUAGCGCCUGGCCCGGUCCUCAUUUCUGUCGUCCUCGCUUUUGUGAUCAAGAUCGUGCACUGAUAAACUGCUUUUGUCGCAUGAAAUGAAA